AUGGAUGUGUUGAGUGAAGAGAUCAGGAAUGAGGAGUUGUGGGAAUUGUUGUACUCAAAUGAUCUGGUGAUUACUGCCGAAAAUGGAGAAGGCCUACAGAGAAGGGUUCAAGAGUGGCAGGAGUCUAUAGAGCGGAGUGGCUUAAAGGCGAAUGUGAAUAAAACAGAGGUUUUGGUGAGCAGAAUAGCAAUACAAGAUAUAAGAGGCCUGAUUAUAAAGCAAAUGGAAAAGUUUAAAUGCUUAGGAUCUACUUUAAGCCAAGAAGGAAGAUGUGAGGCUGCAUGGGGGAAGUGGAGAGAGGUAGCUGGAGUGGUAUGUAAUAAGAAAAUGCCAAUCAAGCUAAAAGUCAAGAUCUAUAGCACAGUGAUGAGACCAGUGUUAACAUAUGAAUCGGAUACAUGGGCUCUGAGAAGAAAAGAGGAAGUAAAGCUUGAGAGAACAGAGAUGAGUAUGCUGAGGUGGAUUAUGGGAAUAUCACUGCUUGAGAGAUUGGAAAAUGAUGAAAUAAGAAGGGCAGGCAGGAUUAGUAAAGAUUACAGAGGUAAUAAGGGAGUCACUAUUGAGGUGGUAUGGGCAUUUGUUUAG